AUGUUAUGUUUUAAUAAGAAAGAUGAUACUCAGUGUAUUCCUUCAAUUGAGUUACCUGAUGAUCUAUUUGAAGAGAGUUUGAAUCCUUGGAGGUUCUCUCUUAUUGGAAGGUUAAAUUUACGACAGAUCAAAUUCAUCGAUGCUACUAUUAUUCUUUGUCAACAAUGGAAGCUGGUUGGUAAUUGCAAACUAAUUCCACUAGGAAGGGGUUUCUUUACGAUUAAGAUGGAUAAUGAGGUGGAUCGUCAAUAUAUCAAGGAAAGUAAAUGGGAAGUUCUUAAUCAAGUUUUGCAAAUAAAAAAGUGGAUCUCUAAUUUUCGUCCUGAAAGUCAGAAAACUUCAAAAGCCAUGGUUUGGGUUAGAUUAUCAGGACUAGGACUUGAAUUUUGGAGUGAAAAGAUUUUAUUCAAAAUUUGUAAAGAGAUUGGUACACCCAUCAAAUUAGAUGAAGCUACAACAAAAUGUGAGGUUGGUUAUUACGCCAAUGUUUUGGUUGAAAUUGAUUUUGCAAAUACUGUUCCUAACAAAAUUUGGAUUGGUACUAAAUAUGGAGGUUUCUUUCAAAGUAUUUCUAUUCCAGCUUGUUCUAAAUUUUGUUCAACGUGUAAAAUAGUUGGACCUCUUAUCACAGAAUGCAGAGUUGAGAAGAACAAUAUUCAGCAAUCAAGUAUUGUUCAGCCUAAGAAUAAGAAUAACUCAACAACAACUCAUAUUCAGCAACAAACUCCCAGAACUGGUAGUGCUCAUAUACCAUUUGAUAUUUGUGACAGGUCUGAAGUUGAGGUACAUAGCAACAAUAAUGCAAAGAAACAUGGCAGUACAUCUAGAGCUGCUGGUAAUCAAUUCCUUGAAGAAGAUUCACUAGUAUCCAAUAUAGUUCCAUCUAUCAAUUUUCAACCUGCUAGUAACUCAGGAGUGGUAAAUAUAUAUGGUGGUGAAGAUUUAGUUCCUUAA